UUGAGGAGUGGAGUGUAUGGGUGUUCACUGGGUUUGCCAAUUGUGGUCUUGGUGCUGGUCGGCUAGCGGUGCCUUGUACUGACGCUCUUUUCUGGAUACAUAGGUGCCACGCGUCGCUGUCGCCUACUUUGUUAGGACUGAGAACGUCAUUUAAGAAGACACCCAUUUUCGACAUUCGCCAAGUUAGGUUACUGAAGCUCACUGAAAGUCAGAGUAGCGUUGGGUUCUUUAAAAAAAACAGCACGAUAUCUAGGCAGGUUUGAUAUUAUUUUAGUUGGUGUGUUUUCGUGUUGCACCCCUUUUAGCAUAAGCCUUUGGGGAUUUUGUUGCCUAUAGGCUACGGCACUAAGGUGUAUUUUACCUUAUUCGUUCCUGAGCAGGCACCAUGGUGGAGCCAGACGAGAGACCGUCCACCGCAGGCCAGCGGCUGGGAGCCCCUGAGACCCUGGGCAUCAGCACCCUGGAACCUGGGCAGCGCCCCCCAACCAUGCCCGCCGGGCGCCAGGUCUCCGUGCGGGUCCAGAUGCUGGAUGACACCCAGGAGGUUUUUGAGAUCUCGCAACGGGCCGCAGGAAAGUUGCUUCAUGAGCUUGUGUGUGCUCACCUUAACCUUGUGGAAGGGGACUACUUUGGCCUUGAGUAUCAGGACCACCGCAAGAUGAUGGUGUGGCUUGAUCUCCUGAAGCCAGUAGUGAAGCAGAUCAGAAGGCCCAAAAACACAAUACUGAAAUUUGUGGUGAAGUUCUUUCCUCCAGAUCACACACUGCUCUCAGAGGAGCUGACCAGGUACUUGUUUGCUCUGCAGAUAAAGCACGACCUGGCCUGUGGACGACUGACCUGCAAUGACACCAGUGCUGCUCUCCUCGUGUCCCACAUUGUUCAAUCUGAGGUCGGUGACUUUGAUGAUGUCCAGAGUCGACAGCACCUCCUCAACAACAAGUACAUUCCUGACCAGGAUGCCCUGAUGGACAACAUCAUUGACUACCAUCGCAAGCAUGUUGGCCACACCCCCGCCGUCUCAGACUUCCAGCUGCUGGAGAUCGCUAGGCGGCUGGAAAUGUACGGAGUGAGGCUCCACCCGGCCAAGGAUCGAGAGGGAACCAGGCUCAGUCUCUCCGUGUCCCACACGGGGAUCCUGGUCUUCCAGGGACACACAAGAAUCAAUGCGUUUAACUGGUCGAAAGUGAGAAAGCUGAGCUUCAAGAGGAAGAGAUUUCUCAUCAAAUUGCGACCAGACUUAAAUCAGAGCAACUGCCAGGACACCCUGGAGUUCAUGAUGGGUAGUCGGGACUGCUGCAAGGUCUUCUGGAAGAUCUGUGUGGAGUACCACGCCUUUUUCCGGCUGUUUGAAGAGCCCAAGCCCAAGCCUAAACCCGUGCUGUUCACCAGAGGGUCCUCCUUCAGGUUCAGCGGACGCACACAGAAGCAGGUGAUCGAUUAUGUGAAAGACUCCGAAUUUAGAAAGGUCCCCUUUGAAAGGAAACACAGUCGGAUCCAGUCCAAUAGCAGCCUAUCUCCUAUGACAUCUCAUCUCAGCUCAGAAGUGCCUAAAGAAAGGCCAAGGGCAAGCAGCCUUACAGCAGACCGGACAGACUCCCCUCUCAGGCAGGGUCGGGUCACCGAGGCUGCACAAUUAACGGUCGAGAACGCAGCUGUCCAGCGUCACCAGCUCAGCCCAGUCUCCCAACCCAACGGACACCACGAAGAGCUGCCGGACGACGAUGACACAAGGAACCAUACAUCCCUUUCUUCCAGGCAGCCUCAGCAGCAGCAACAACAACAACAACAACAGCAGCAGCAGCCACAACAGCAGCAGAAGCUGUCUUCUGAUCACAUUAACACAGGGCCCCUGCCAAGCAGCCCGGGCGACUCCCCAGCUGUCUCCAGGGUGAUGAUGGUGAAUGGCCAGAAACAGCAGCAGGCUCUCAGCCUAGGCCAGAGCCCUGAUGGCCGGCAGCCCUCGCCCCUCACCAGCCCCUUGCUGACCGACGCCGGAUUCGUCCGCACGGACGACGAGGACGAGGUUCGGAGGAAGAGGUUCCCCACUGACAAAGCGUACUUCAUUGCCAAAGAGCUGUUGACCACAGAGCGGACGUAUCUGAAGGACCUGGAGGUCAUCACUGUGGCGCUCCAUAAAUUCAUGUCGAAAGAAGAGGCCUUGCCGGACACGCUCAAGAAUGUAAUAUUUGCCAACUUUGAGCCCGUCUUCAAGUUCCAUGAUGCCUUCCUGAAGGAGGUGGAGCAGCGACUGGCACAGUGGGAAGGCCGGUCCAACGCCCACAUCAAAGGAGACUACCAGCGUGUGGGAGAUGUCAUGCUGAAGAACAUUCAGGGCCUGAAGCUGAUGACUGGUCACCUGCAGAAGCAGUCCGAGGCCCUGCUGGAGCUGGAGCGGACGUGCCGGGGCUCGCGGCGGCUGGAGGCGCUGUGCCGUGACUUUGAGCUGCAGAAGGUCUGCUACCUGCCACUCAACAUCUUCUUCCUGCGCCCGCUGCACCGCCUCAUGCACUACAAGCUGAUCCUGGAGCGCCUCUGCAAACACUACCCCCCUACCCACGAAGACUUCAGGGACUCCAGAGCUGCUCUGGCAGACAUAUCGGAGAUGGUGGCCCAGCUCCACGGCACCAUGAUCAAGAUGGAGAACUUCCAGAAACUUCUGGAGCUGAAAAAAGACCUGAUCGGCAUCGACAAUCUGGUCAUUCCUGGCCGGGAGUUUAUCAGGUUGGGUUGUCUCAGCAAGCUGUCUGGGAAAGGCCUGCAGCAGAGAAUGUUUUUCCUGUUCAAUGACGUCCUGCUGUACACAAGUCGAGGGAUGACAGCCGCCAAUCAGUUCAAAGUGCACGGCCAGCUUCCUCUCUACGGCAUGACGAUCAGAGAAAGUGAAGAUGAAUGGGGCGUCCCUCACUCCUUCACCCUGUUCGGACAGCGGCAGUCUGUGGUGGUUGCAGCCAGCUCUGCUUCUGAGAUGGAGAAAUGGAUGGAGGACAUCAAGAUAGCCAUAGACCUGGCAGACAAUUGCAAUGGACCUUCAUCAGAAAUUCUGGGCAGCAGUCUUACUGACAGCAAAUCCCCUGACGACCCUGGGGUGGACCAGGAGUCCGAGGACGACCUGAGUGCCUCGCGCACGUCUCUGGAGCGGCAGGCGCCUCACCGUGGCAACACCACGGUGCACGUGUGCUGGCACCGCAACACCAGCGUGUCCAUGGUGGACUUUAGUGUUGCCGUGGAGAAUCAGCUGUCUGGGAAUCUGCUGAGGAAGUUCAAAAACAGCAAUGGCUGGCAAAAACUUUGGGUCGUCUUCACCAACUUCAGUCUUUUCUUCUACAAGACCCAUCAGGAUGACUUCCCAUUGGCCAGUCUUCCUCUGCUUGGGUACUCGAUAACGAUUCCAUCGGAGUCCGAGAACAUCCACAAGGACUAUGUGUUCAAGCUCCAUUUCAAAUCUCACGUCUACUACUUUAGAUCCGAGAGCGAGUACACCUUUGAGAGGUGGAUGGAGGUGCUCCGCAGUGCCACCAGCUCCUGCAGUCACGCCCGCUUCCACAGCCGGAAAGACCCCUACCCCUACUGAAACCUAGAGCACCUGUAGGGGAAGCCUGGCACACUCUCCCCUUCCCUCACCCCUUCACAAACACAUAUCACUCCUAAUCCUGCCACCCCAGCGAAAAUAAUUACCCACUGGCAUCGCAAUCAGGUUACUCUUCAUCAAGCUGCACAGAGGAUAAGCCAUUCGUUUUUAACAUUCUUUUCUGCUCUGUGGCAGCAUACCAACGGCCACAUCAUGCUGUUCUGUCAUGUGGAUGGGCCGACACGAUAUCCUCUUUUGUGUUGAUUUGAUUAGAUUUUUCUUUCACUUUACAAUUCACAGGAAUCUAAACACAAUGUCUAUGCAUAUCUGGACAUUUUUUAAUAAUGUGUUGGUGCUGUUCAGUUGCUGGCAUGAGACUACCACAGAGACUUUCUAAGUGUUUUUACCCAUUUUUUUGGAACCUGUUUGUUUUGUAGGUCGUCAUUUUAUACAAUUUUUAAUAAGGACUGUGAACCACUUUGUUUUUUUUUCUAAAACGUAAUGUUGCAUCAUGUUUAGUUUCUGUGUCCAUUUCACUCGCAACACCAAUUGCUGCCUUUUCAUCCAUGUUCCAGUGCCAAAAUAUCUGUCUUAUUUUAUUUUAUUCUUUUUCUGAACGCUGUCCUUGCCUUCAUAUCGUUUUUUAAAUGUUGAUACGUUUACAAAGAACCAUUUUAGAAAAUAGUUUUUCCUCUACAGGAAUGCGAAAUAAAGAAAAACACCUUAUGAAUGAUGGACCAAUGGAUUAUAUGUGGAAGGAAAUGUAUGAUGGUCAGUGUGUGCACAAUAAAUAUGAGACUUUGGUCGUUUUAA